AUGGCUCCUGUGCUGUCCAAACUUCUCAUUCUGGGGCAACUAGGCUGCGUGUCUGCUCUCACGUUUGCCGUGCCAUCAGCUGUCCCGUCGAAUGCAAGCCCCAAGCUAGCUGCGGCCCCUGUGGGAGUCUCAUUUGAGUUCUUCGCUUGGCCCGGUUAUUUCGACGAUGUCGCCUCGACAACCAAGUGUCUCCAGAACCUCAAAGAUGUGAGUGGCACUUGGCCGCCCAUCCGAAUCGGCGGAACCACCCAGGAUCGCGCUACUUAUGAUGCCUCAUCCAGCGCGGCGGUGACGUACACGGUUGCCAGCGCCGGAGCUGCGCCAGCGUCUCUGACCUAUGGACCCUCGUUCUUUUCGUUAGCAGCCGAGUAUGGUGGCAAGGUCGUCAUUGGCUUGAACCGUCGACUGAACAACCAAGCCAACACCAUUGCGGCGGCUAAAGCUGCAAAGGCAGCAAUGGGAAAUCUGUACUCCAUUGAGCUUGGCAACGAGCCCAACUUCUUUACCAGCAGCGACCCCAUCGCCGGAGGAAACACCUGGAACGCGGCUGCCGACUACGCUUCUCAACUCAGUUGGCAGAAGGCGGUGGGCGGUGCUCUCGGCGGUUCAGACCAGUUCUCGGCUGGUGUAUACUUUGGAACUUCACCGAUGAGCAUCAAGGGCCUCACUGGCCAAGAAGGGAGCGCCAACUCCUUCGUCAAAGACUACUGUUCCCACAACUACCCGCAGUCCCAGAGCACUGCCGAUCUUUCCAAGUUGAUGGAUCACAGCGCUAUCACAGACCCAGAUUCAGCCGUUUGCCGCCGAAAUCUCUGCUGCUAUGCGAGGCAGCCUCAUAUCUUUGAGACAAUUCUGCGACCCAAGGUGGUGGCGGCAUCAGCCCGACGUACGGUGCAGGCUCUCUAUUUCCAUCACGGCACCAUCGGAAAUUGCCAGUAUUGCUGGUGGGGUAACUUCACCGUUGGUGCUCCGUACUACGGUGCCAUGAUGGCCACCAAAGCCCUUGCAGGUGCCGACAGGGUUGCCCCUCUCGACGAUGGCAGCACCCGUUACGUCACUGCUAAGCGCCUGACUGCUGCGUUCUCCACUUCCAGGGUUGAUAAGGGUCAGUCUCCCACACUGGCGGGACAGACUUGGACGGGUGGAUCCUGCAAUGUCAAGGGUACCGAAGUCUUGGAGACUGCGACUGUAUCCGGCGGAAAGGCUACUUUCACCGUUGGUGCUUCUGAGGCUUUGCUGGUGUAUCUCUGA